UUUUUGUGUAGUAAGUUUGUUUACACACGACACCGGCGACUGUUUUUUUUGUUCACCACCUCGGGCACAUUUCUCAUUGAAAGUUAGACGAUCGUCCCUCUUGUUUGAAACUCCUGUCUCAACAUUGUGUAGGCAAGUUUUGACGGUUGUACUACCCCUCGUCCCCCCACAGAGCUGCACUUUUAGCAAUAAUGUUGUCUUUACUCUACGACGGCGAAGAUGCUCCGUGGACGGUUUUGCCGCUCGCCCAGCCGGUCUCCUUCGCGUUGGUUACCGUGAUGCCGGUGCUCGCUGCGAUAAACCUUCUCCGUGGAUCGAAAUUACCGGUCUUGUGGCAGGCCGACCAGAAGACUUCGCUCGCUUGCUGGCUGGUCUACUUCGUCCUGUACAUCAUGGUGAAACCGACUUUCGAUCUCUUGAGCAUCUACCUUCCCUUCGUCUUCGAACUGCAAACGCUCUUCUUCGUCUGGUUGUACCACCCGGAGUUCCGCGGGGGACUGCUACUGAUCGAUUUGCUGUUCGAAGUCACGAAGCACAACGCGGUGCGGGAUCACGUGUUUGCCUUCGCACAAAAGUGGGCGAUUAAACCGAAGGAGACGGUCAAGGAAUCGAAGUUCGACAAGAGCCAGGCGGAAGACGUGGUUUCUACAAUCACGGAAGUCGUCGAGGAAAAGAAGAAGCCGGCUUCCCGCGCUUCCGCCGUGCCGGAAGACGAGCCGGCUUUCACGGAGCUACCGGGGACGACUGCCAGCACUUCGGAAACGACCCGCAGGAAGAACUCUACGACACCGUCCGACACGUCUGCAACGGUCGAACAGGCGGAGGAGUAAAUGCAUCUGUGGAGGGCCGCAGCGUUGGUUCGUUUGCCGCACAUUGCUGGGAGAGAAAACAAAGCAGAACAAGAACUUCCAUGAAGUAGAAUGGUUAUUUUCAGCAGUAUCGACCUUGCAGGCGCGCAAGGUGUUGCUCUCGAAAAGACACGUAUGUUGAGAAACCAGGACCUACGACGCCUACCCUGGUGAACCAUGCAUCGGUCACGUUGACCGCUCAUACAUACAUUACAUACGAAGAUUUCAUCUCGUCGACGCAUUGCAUUCAUCCUUUCAUCAUGACCCACGGCUUUUUCAUCUGUGCCGCACAGGUCUAUUUUCAGAAGGCUGCCCUUAUUCCAUUGG